CGACAAUCAGCGGUCGCUCAGCGGUACGACGUGCAGGUCGCCUUGGAACAAGUACGAGACGAGACGAUGGUCCUCACCAAGGAGUACCGUGUGGUUUUACCCUGUAGUGUUGAGGAGUAUCAAGUCGGACAGUUGUUUUCUGUGGCCGAAGCAAGUAAAAAUGAGACAGGCGGUGGUGAGGGGAUUGAGGUACUCAAAAAUGAGCCCUAUGAGGAAGAUGGAGAGAAAGGACAGUUUACACACAAAAUCUACCGCCUGAAGAGUAAAGUUCCAACAUUUAUUCAGCUCUUGGCACCAGAAAGCGCCUUUGUAUUUCAUGAAAAAGCCUGGAAUGCCUACCCCUACUGCAGGACUGAAGUGACGAAUGAGUAUAUGAAAGAUAAUUUCUUGAUCAGGAUUGAGACGUGGCAUAAAUCCGAUCUUGGAACACACGAAAAUGUGCACAAACUAGAUCGUUCGUCCUGGCAGCAAGUGAGCGUUGUGCCUAUUGACAUUGCUGACAGAAGUCAAGUUUCAGCAGCUGACUACAAGCAGGAUGAGGACCCCGCCAAGUUCAAGUCGGUUAAGACCGGAAGAGGACCACUUGGGCCUCACUGGAAGAAAGAGCUGAGUGCCAAGACCGACUGCCCUAGAAUGUGUGCCUACAAACUGGUCACAGUCAAGUUUAAGUGGUUUGGCCUGCAGACUAAAGUGGAGAAUUUCAUCCAUGAGCAAGAAAAGAGGAUCUUCACCAACUUUCACCGUCAGCUUUUCUGUUGGAUUGACAAGUGGGUGGAGCUAACAAUGGAUGACAUUCGACGGAUGGAGGCAGCGACUCAGAAGGAGCUGGAUGAGCUCCGCAAAAAAGGUGAAGUAAGAGGAACGAGUGCUGCAGACGAAUAAAGCGGCGAAGGGUUUCUAACAGCAGCAAUGGUGGCUGCUAACAGGGCUUCUGUGGCACUUUUCACUUCUUACCUUUAAGGAUUCAGGCUGUGGAUGAAGUUUGUGUGUGUGUGGGGGGGGGUGUCUCAUGCAAUCAAUAGAGCAGAUCCCUAGCUUCCACCCAAUCAUAGGCCUUCUAUCCACUGAGGAAUUGGUUUCUAGAACUCAACACAAUCUUCACUGACUUUUUUUUUGAUUUUGCAUUCCUCAGAGUGGAUAUGAAAACAAAACAUUUUUGAUUAAGAUACGUUUCACAGGAGCUAAUUCCCGCUCUUGAAUUCAGAUUGGCAUGUGUUGGACCUAAUAUUACCUGCCAUUUUGUUUUUAGCCUCAAAACAUUCCUCUCGAAACGAUGCCCAGUUUGAGCUUUUUCACAGUUUUAACUGUACACACAGGUUUGCAUUCCUCACUGUGUGUGUGUGUGUGUGUGUGUGUGUGUGUGUGUGUGUUUGUUUGACUUUUUUCCUGUUCAUCCACAACCUCCAUUAAGAGAUCACUAUCACCCUUUGCACCUCCGCCCAUUGUAAUCCUCCCAUCAACAGCCCACCUAACCCAAAGCGCUGCAUCUUAUUAACACUGACAAUCAUGCCUGUGCAGGUCUUUGCACUCACUCCACACACACGCAAAUGACACAUCGACAUUAUGCACAAACGGACGUGCACACACUCACAGGUGCAAAUGCCUUUGGUGUGACUGAUCCUCAUCAAGAACCUGGGCAGAUCUGUGCAAGCCCCCCCCCCCCCCCCCUUCAUUUCCAUUUCCAAUACACACCCUAUUCUGAAGACAUCCAUGAUUCAUAUCGCAUUCACAUCCCCCCCAAAUGCACUGGAAAAACAGUCGGCGAUGGUGCUAGUCCCCUCGAGCUUGGUGCUGCUCGGCCCACCUUGCUCUGUCCACCCCAGAAGCCCGCCUGCCUUGUUCAUCUGUGUUCACACAGCCUCUUGCUUCCUCUUCGUUCUCAGUGUGUUUACAUGCGUUUUACCAGUGCCCAGUCCAUACCAGCGCUGCCCACAGCUUGCCUUUAACCUCUGAACCUUUUGGACCUGAUCUACCUAUUGUACCGCUUUAGCUACCUCCCUUCUUUCUGGCUGACCAUUUCAUAGACGUCUAAAGGUCAACGCUUGCUAUUGCCGUAGCAGCUACUGUACAGUUUGGGGUCAGUGAUUGCAGGGCUUUAUGAUAUCUCCUAUUUGCCAAAUGUAAUUUGAUUCAAUUUGUCUUGUUUUUGUGUUACUUGUCUGAAUUUCCACUGUUUGAUGGACAUGCCAUAUUAGUGAGUCCUGAGUUUCAACUCCACAGUGCACUUUCAGGAUAGCCUUUAUAAUUGUGUGUCAAGGGCUGUCUUUUUGAAUCGUAACUCGUGUAACAUACAUUUCACAAUUGCUUCUUUUCUGGAGUUUAUUUGUGCCUUUGUAAUCAUAAGAACCAUAGACAUUUCUAUUGUAUUAUUCUUACAGAUGUUGUUGUCCCCCCCCCCACCCCCCAUUAUAUUGAGUUCUUUCUGAUCAUUUCAUAUCCAAAGAAUGUCAAUGUAUGUGUUUACACGUAUUCAAUAAUUAUCAGAUGGUAAAACAGGACAAGGAGGAAACAUUGAAAACUAGUCUCCAAUAUGAUAUUGUGAUGUUCCAUUAACCUCUUCCUUUUACCGUGCUAUAUGAUUUUAUUGGAAGUAUUACAAUUUCAGGUUUGUGUAAAGUGAUGUUCGAGAGCUUGCACCUUUUGAAAACUGUACGUAUGAAAGAUGAUCUGUUGUUCUUGCGCUACCCAAAAAUCUCAGAGGAAACCUUUCUGUCAACAGUACAUAGUAUACAAUAUAUUCCUGUCUGUCUUCGGACUCCUGCCGCAAGUCUAACAGAAUACCCGCUGGCUACAACUACAUAUUUGAGCCUAACGAUCAGUCGUAACACUGAUAGAGGCUGAUAGAGAGUGUUUUUGUGCAACAACUACACCGUCUUUUGUCCAAAAUUAUAAACUCCAGCUGUAAAAAAUAAUCAGAACUGCUUGAUUUUAGAUGUUUUUGAUCCAAUUUGAUAAUUGGGGGACAUGGGAUUGAAUGUAUAUGUUGUGCCGUUUAUGCCUUAAAAUCCUCAAGUGUUAAAUAUACAUGUGAUCUAAAUAUAAAAUUUUGAGAAAAUAAAUAAGCUUGUUUGUC